AUGGCGUCCCGCAAAACCCAACAAGAGAUUGAGAAGACCUUCAAGAGAGUCGCCGAAGGGAUCCAAACAUUUGAGGGCAUCUACGAGAAGAUUCGUUCUGCCACAAAUCCAACUCAGCGCGAUAAGCUUGAGGAGAACUUGAAGCGCGAAAUCAAGAAGCUCCAAAGGUUUCGUGACCAGAUUAAAUCAUGGGCGGCAGGCAAUGAAGUCAAGGACAAGGCUCCGUUAUUGGAGCAGCGAAAAGCGAUUGAAACGUGCAUGGAGCAAUUCAAGGCCGUUGAGAAGGAGAUGAAGACGAAAGCCUACUCUAAAGAAGGGUUAUCAGCUGCGCAACGACUUGACCCACGAGAAAAAGAAAAGGUGGAGGCCUCCGAUUUCCUUUCUGCUAUGGUGGAUGAGCUUGGGCAGAAAAUUGAGGCUAUGGAGGCAGAGGAGGAAACGCUGCACGCGCAAAUGAAGAAGGGCAAGAAGGAUAUGUCCAAAGCGAACCGAAUGGCCGAUAUUUCGCGAGUAACGGAGCGACAUAAGUGGCAUGUCAACAAGCUUGAAUUUCUCAUGCGCUCUUUGCAAAAUGGCAAUCUUGAAGUCACCCAAGUGAUGGACCUAAAAGAAAGCAUCACGUAUUAUGUUGAGGAAGGCGGGAAUGUCGACUACUCUGGGGAGGAUGAGACACUCUAUGACGAUUUGAACAUUGGUGAAGAAGUCGAGGCUCAAUUUGGCAUGGGCAAUGAGAAUGAUCGGGUAUCAUCACAAGAUGCCCAAUCUAUUCAGGACGAAGAGCCAGAACCGAAACCCAAGCCACCAAAGGUUGAACCUCCGACAGCUCGACGACCCUCAACACAGAUGAAGUCUCCGCUCCCUGUUCUCGCCACCCUCCCCUCUGCUAUCUCAAGUGCCGCCCCUGGCAUGAAACCCGCACCGCUCCCUACCCGCCUACCUGGAGAAACGCUGAAAUACGCCUCAGCUGCGGCUGCUGCUGCCGCGAGUGAUAAAAGUGGUGUUGGGAUCCUACCACUGCCCCCACCACCAGGCGCCAGCCCAGCCUUCUCGGCUGCUCUUCCAAUCUCUAAGCCAUCAUCUAUCGCUUCUCCCAGUAUUGCCCACGUGCAGCCCAUUUCUCGGCCUACCCCUGCGGCUGCGACUUCAUUGUCAGAAGAGCCCGUUUUUGCCGCACGAUCAAAGACCCCCGGUGGUACAGGGAUCUCUGGUACUUCGUCACCUGCCCCUGUCAUCCAAUCAGAGCCCCCUAAUGAGCCUACGACGAACGGCCAGGUAACACAAACACAGGAUGGGGAGAACCAGGAGUCAAUAUAUCACUUGCCUCCUGGUCUUCAAGAUCUGGUACAAUCUUUCGAGCUAACCAAGCAGCGUUCAUCCAACGAACCUUCGCCUGCUGUGCUUAGACUUUUGGCCACCUCCCUUACAACAUGCCCAGAAGCAGGAGAUGCGGAAAAGCCACGGCAUUACAAGCCGCAAAACCCAUACAACACUCCUCUCUACUACCCACAGGAACCUUUACCCAUAUUUGAUGACCCACGGCUGUACGAUACCGGUCGAAUCGAUACCGAUACCCUCUUCUACCUUUUCUACUAUCGACAAGGGUCCUAUCAACAAUUUCUGGCCGCCAAGGCCCUCAAGAACCAAAGUUGGCGAUUCCAUAAGCAGUACCAAACCUGGUUCCAGCGUCACGAGGAGCCGAAGAAUAUCACCGAGGAGUUCGAACAAGGCACCUACCGGUUCUUCGACUAUGAGAGUACCUGGAUGAACCGGCGCAAGGCUGACUUCAAGUUCGUGUACAAAUAUCUCGAGGAUGAAUUAUGA